AGCGCUGACUAGCGGGGCGGGUGCAAGGACGGGGCGGGGUCUCUGCGCCCGGCCCCCUCCCCUGACUAUCAAAGCAGCGGCCGGCUGUUGGGGUCCACCACGCCUUCCACCUGCCCCACUGCUUCUUCGCUUCUCUCUUGGAAAGUCCAGUCUCUCCUCGGCUUGCAAUGGACCCCAACUGCUCCUGCGCCGCUGGUGGCUCCUGUACGUGCGCCGGCUCCUGCAAGUGCAAAGAGUGCAAAUGCACCUCCUGCAAGAAGAGCUGCUGCUCCUGCUGCCCCAUGGGCUGUAGCAAGUGUGCCCAGGGCUGUGUUUGCAAAGGGGCGUCAGAGAAGUGCAGCUGCUGCGACUGAUGCCAGGACAGCCUUUCUCCCAGAUGUAAACAGAGAGACAUGUACAAACCUGGAUUUUUUUUUUUUUUUGAUACCACCUUGACCCAUUUGCUACAUUCCUUUUCCUGUGAAAUAUGUGAGUGAUAAUUAAACACUUUAGACCCGA